ACAAAGGCGUGUCCUAAGCCAUGCAUGCAGCAGUCAAGCGAGCUGCGAUACGCUUCGGCUCCACUGUCCUCAUCAGCUCUCUGUGCACCAGCAGGCACUCCGGCAGCCGCAAGCUCUUCACCAUGGCCGAGCACUCCUCUGAACAAGUGGUAUUCAACAAGCCAAAGGUUGAGCUGCAUGUGCAUCUUGAUGGCGCUAUCAGGGUGCAGACUAUUCUCGAUGUUGCCAAGAGACGCGGCAUCACUCUGCCAGCAAAUACCGUGGAGGAGAUGACACGGAUUAUUAUUGUCCAAAAGCCUGCCACCCUCACUGAGUUCCUGGGGAAGUUCGCUGAGUACAUGCAUGUGAUUGCUGGAGACAGAGAGGCCAUAAAGAGGAUAGCCUAUGAGUUUGUGGAGGACAAAGCGAAGGAAGGAGUGAUUUAUGUAGAGGUCAGAUACAGCCCGCAUUUUCUGGCUAACACUAAAGUGGUUCCCAUCCCGUGGGACCAGGAGGAAGGCGACCUGAGCCCAGACGAGGUGGUGCAUCUGGUUAACAAGGGCCUCAGUGAGGGAGAGAGGGCCUUCAAUAUCAAAGCCAGGUCCAUUCUAUGCUGCAUGCGCCACAUGCCAAGCUGGUCCAUGGACGUUGUGGAGCUGUGUAAGAAAUAUCGCCACGAGGGAGUGGUGGCUAUUGACUUGGCAGGUGAUGAGUCACUCAACUGUGAAGCCUAUCCAGGACACAGGAAGGCCUAUGAGGAAGCAGUGCGUAGUGGGAUCCACCGAACAGUUCAUGCAGGAGAGGUGGGCCCGCCGUCAGUGGUGAAGGAGGCUGUAGAAGUGUUGAAAGCUGAAAGGGUUGGACAUGGUUACAGAACCCUGGAGGACCAAACCCUGUACAAACAACUACUGGCUCAAAAUAUGCACUUUGAGGUGUGUCCCAUUUCCAGUAAGCUGACAGGUGCCUGCAACCCAGACUUCACCAAGCACCCCGUCAUCACGUUCAGGAAGGACAAAGCUAACUACUCCCUGAAUACAGAUGACCCUUUGAUCUUCAACUCAACCCUGCACCUCGACUACAGCACCGCGCAGAAAUAUAUGGGAUUCACCGAGGACGAAUUCAAAAGACUGAACAUCUGUUCAGCAGAGUCGUGCUUCUUGCCUGAAGAGGAGAAGAAAGAGCUCCUCAACAAACUGCACGAGGCCUAUGGGAUGGAGAACACUGCCUUUUAAACCAAGCACUGACAAGGAAGUCUAAGAAAAAAAUGUGACCUAACCCAGGGAGAAAUCGCUCUGAACUCUUAAUCUCUGCUCUUCACACAAUGCAAUGUCUUUUUUUUUUCCUCUUUGUAACCAAACAAAGCCUUUAGAAUAAUAAAUCAAAUAUACUCUUAAUCAUACGGCUGCUGCCUUCACCUCACAUACCUGUACAUCAUCAGCUCGAGGGCUUGUGUUUUGUCAACUCCAUUGUCAGGAAGUACCUUUCAUACUUUAGUUUACACUGCGGUUCCGGAGGAUAUCAUGGUGCUCUGCAAAAAAAAUAUGGGAAAGCAAGUGUUUUGUGUUUAUGAAGCAGAUUAUGUUGCAUGCAUUAUUUCAAAACUCUGGAUGCAUUCUUCAUCUUGUGUUUACAUCCUGUUGUCAUUAAAAGAAUCAGGGAAGCUUUUGAUGCACAUUUACUGAACACUCGAAGAAACAGUGAAGAAACAGUUUGAACCUUUUUGUCAGGUUAUGUGGUUAUUUGUUGUUCAUCACUGUCUAAAAACACUACAGUAUAUACUUUCAUAAGCAUAAAGGAUAAAUGAAGAACUUGCUACCUACUGGGGGAAAUAUGGUUUACAGUGAAUAUCUAUCGUUUAGUUUAAGGGUGAAGUAAGGGAAUUGAUAUGUGCUUUUUGCCCUUCACGUGUAAAACCACAGGACACAUCAGGUAAAAACAGCUCAAUACCAAAAGCCUAGUCUUACAUUUGGACACUAGGUGGCACACUUCUGUCAUCUAGCUGGACAAACAACUGUUGACUUAAUGUGGUUUUACAUCUCACAAUUAACUCUUGAUUUCUUUUGAUGUAUAUAUUUAUUUAAUUUUUUUUUUCAUUUCUCUAAAUAAAAAAAAAAAACACUUCCAUUUAUAACUGCGACAUUUAUGACACUUCUGUAAAACCUCUUUGAUCAUAAUAAAAGCUAUUAUGAAAUU